CUCCAGCCAACCACCGCAGACAAGAUCCUCUAUUCCGCGUCCCCAAACCCUCGAGUUCGCACGGGCUCCGGCCAGAUUCGCGCAGUCUAAGCUUCGAAUCGGCGCAUGGAGGCGGCAGCAGUAGCCGCGGCGCUCAGGUCGCCUACCGCCACCACCGCCGCCGCCGCCGCUGGCCCCACGUGGCGGGCCGCGGCCCCGGGCGCCGCCUCGCUCGCCUUUGACCGGAGACGCAGCUUCGCCUUCGGCUCCAUCAAGGGUCUCGGGCGGCAGCAGCUCACCUCUAGGUCUACUAGGAGGCGAAGCAGUGUGGUCAGGGCAUCCUGGUCCCCCUCGGAGUCUCUGCCACCGUCCUCGUCGAUCGCGCCUCUCAGGAUGGAAUCGCCGGCGGGGCAGCUACUCUCGCAAAUCCUGCACACGCACCCGCACUUGCUGUCUGCCGCUGCCGAGCAGCAGCUCGAGCAGCUCCAGACCGACCGCGAGGCCGACAAGGAGAAGGAUAAGGAGAGCGAUGCUGGCGACAAGCUGGCUCCGACAGGUGGCGACCUCGUGCUGUACAGGCGGAUUGCUGAAGUAAAAGAGAAGGAACGGAGAAGGACUUUGGAGGAGAUACUCUAUGCUCUGGUUGUUCAGAAGUUCGUUGAAGCUGGUGUCUCUCUGGUUCCAGCACUCUCACGCUCCACCGAUCCUUCUGGAAGAGUUGAUCAGUGGGCAGAAACUGUGGAAGAAAAGCUUCAACGUCUGCACUCGCAUGAGGCCUAUGAAAUGAUCGAGAAUCACCUCACCCUCAUUCUGGGGCAGCGUCAAGGUGACGCCACUAUCGCAGCCAUAAGUAAGCUCCGUGUUGGCCAGGUCUAUGCUGCAUCUGUGAUGUACGGUUAUUUCCUGAAGAGAGUUGACCAGAGGUUCCAGCUCGAGAAGACAAUGAAGGGCCUCCCUUGGGGGUCAGAAGAGGAAGACAGCGCUUUGAAUCAAGUUAUGAUGACCGACUUGAUGCCUUCAGCUCAGACUUCUAGCUCUCAUCCAGAGAUGGGCUCGUGGACCGCGCCUGCCUUCAGCACAGGAGGGCCCAGCCAAUCUAUCAAGCCUUGCCGCCUUAGGUCGUAUGUCAUGUCGUUUGAUUCCGAUACGCUCCAGAGGUAUGCGACAGUCAGGUCAAAGGAGGCCUUCGGCAUCAUUGAGAAGCACACGGAAGCGCUAUUUGGGAAGCCAGAGAUUGUGAUCACACCUGAAGGCACCCUUGAUUCUUCCAAGGAUGAGCAUAUUAGGAUAAGCUUUGCUGGGCUGAGAAGGCUGAUCCUGGAGGCUGUUACCUUCGGAUCGUUCCUCUGGGACGUUGAGAGCUUUGUGGAUUCCCGGUACCAUUUCGUGACCAGCUAAGAUGGUCAUCCUAAGUGAAGAACGAUUCAUGGUUUACGGAUCUUGUCUCACAAUGUCUAUGGGCUUCGGAAAGGCUGUUGUACAAUGAUGUUAGACUGUUACCACUCCCCUUAGGCCAUGUUUUUCACCGUUAAUAUAUGUGAAUUGGAUGGUA